CAAGGACAUGUAGACAAAGCCCUUCGAUACUAAGUUCCAGAAAUAUAGAGUAGUUCCCAUUUUUGUCUCCCUCGAUCUUUUAACCCAUAAUAAUAUUAUCCCAUGGAAAUUCAAUUCCAGCAACAGCACCAAAAGCAUAAUAACCUUCACAAAGGGAAUAAUCCAAUUCCAGUGAGUAAAGUGAGCAGUAGUAGUUUCAAGGGAAGGAGCAGAGGGACUAAUGCCAUUAACAAGUUUGUUGGGGUGAGACAAAGGCCUUCUGGGAGAUGGGUAGCUGAGAUCAAAGACACCACCCAGAAGAUCAGGAUGUGGCUUGGCACAUUUGAGACUGCUGAAGAAGCUGCUCGCGCUUACGAUGAAGCUGCUUGUCUUCUCCGCGGAUCCAAUACCAGAACUAACUUCAUCACUCAUGUUUCUCAUGAUUCCCCUCUCGCUUCUCGGAUUAGAGAUCUUCUCAACAGUAAAAAGAGUGACAAAAAACCAAGUGCUGAUUCUAAUUCUAAUUCUACUUCUACUUCUACCAACCCCAUAUUGAGUACCAGUACCACCACCACCACCACUACUACUAGCAGAACAACUACUAGUAUUACUAGUGCUCGAAAUGGUAAUGUUGGUGGUGAAGCUAUUUCUUCAUGCGAGAAAUUCCAGCAUACCCAGUUGUUUGAUGUUGCAUACAGGCCUGAUAUGAGCGAAUUUGAAUUGGGUUCUUUUCAAACUGGCAAUCCAUGGGGUUUUGGACACGGAAUUGAUCGGUUUCCUUUCAAUCAGGAACCGUUGGAAUUGCCAAGGAAUGUUAUUUCCUCUGAGACAAGUACUGCUGAAUUGGAAGAGUUCUCGGAGUUUGAUCGGAUGAAAGUGGAAAGGCAGAUAUCUGCUUCACUUUACGCGAUGAAUGGGGUGCACGAGUACAUGGACACUACUCAUGAUCCUACUGAGGCCUUCUGGGAUCUUCCUUCUUUGUGUUCACUGUUCUAUUAACUUUCUAUUAGAACUUGUCCCACAUUGAUUAACUAUUCUUUACCUAGCUUAGUAUGUCAGUCUAGACAAUAUCUUCACUCAUUGUCAAUUGAUUUUUUGAGUUGAAUGCUUUGUUUCUGUAUUUCAGUUUAAUAAACGAGCCAUUGAAUCUUA